AUGGAAUUCCGCCCGGGCAAAGCCGCGCUGCUCUCCCUCCUCCUCGUGGCCGCGCUGAGCCGCCGAUCCCUGGAAAAAUCGCUUCCCGCGGGAUACCGGGAGCACGAGGACCCCCGGGAGAGCCCGGGGCUGAUCCAGUGCGGGGAGUACAGCAACCAGGUGCUUCCCAACGGGAAGUGCCGGAUCGUGGCCACGCUGCCGCAGGGGGACGAGCAGCGCUGCCCCGACCUGUUCCGCUGCACCGACGAGGUCUCCUACUGGCUCCACGAGAACGAGGAGCGCAAGCAGCAGAUCCUGGAGCUCCGGGAGCUGAUCUCCGAGCUCCAGGAGGAGCUCCGGAACCACCGGCACCGCCUCAAGGCGCUGGAGAUGCAGCAGGAGGAGGCGGCGGGGCAGAACCAGAGCCUCCUGCAGCGGGUGCAGGAGCUGGAGCAGCAUUCCCGGGAAUCCAGCACGCUGCAGCACAUCCAGGCCACGCUGCUCUACGACAUCCAGGCCCAGAUCAACAACAUCUCGGCCCUGGCAGACUGGGCCUGGAGGAACCCCGGGGGCUGCCUGCACCCCGCCGACAUCCGCGUCCAGGGGGAGAUGCAGCACCCAGGGAUCAAACACGGCCGGAAUUGUCCCAUGGAUUGCGCCUCCGUCUACUACACCGGGCUGCGGAGAUCCGGGAUUUACAGCGUCCUGCCCUCGGUCCGCGGCCUUCCCGUCGAGGUCCUGUGCGACAUGGACACGGAAGGGGGUGGCUGGACCGUCAUCCAGAGGCGCCAGGACGGAUCCGUGGAUUUCAACCGGACCUGGAUCGAGUACAAGGAAGGAUUUGGGGACCUCAACGGGGAAUUCUGGCUGGGGAACGACAACAUCCACAGGAUCACGAGCCAAGGGGAUUAUUCCCUACGGAUCGACCUGGAAGACUGGAAUAACAAACACAAACACGCCUUCUACCAGGUCUUCAGCAUCGAGGACGAGGAAAACUUGUACCGGCUGCACGUGGACGGGUUCAGCGGCACCGUGGAGGAUUCCUUCGCCUGGUACCACGACAAGAGGAGCUUCAGCACCCCGGAUUCCGGGAAUAUCUGCGCCGAGAUUUCCCACGGGGGCUGGUGGUACCACCAGUGCUUCUUCUCCAACCUCAACGGCGUUUACUACAAGGGCGGCCGAUAUUCCAUUAAGAACCGGAAGAUGCUGGGCCCGGAUGGGAUCGUCUGGUACUCCUGGAAGGACACGGACUAUUAUUCCCUACGGAAGGUGGUCAUGAUGAUCCGGCCGCGCACAUUCCGGCCCCACCUCUCCCCCUGA